AUGGCUACUCAACAGAACCCGCCGUUCAAGGUCGACCGAUACGUCGUCGUACACGUUGCUACAACCUGUGAUGAGCACGGCGUCUACGUGACCAAGGACUCGGCCGAGGUCAUCGAGCUCGGCUGGAUUUUGCUAGACGCAAACACACUCGACGAGCUUCACCGAGAGAGCGUGCUUGUCAAGCCCGUCAACACUCCUAUUACGCCCCUUUGUACGAGCCUGACUACCCUAACGUGGGAGCAUGUGCGGAACGCCGGGACGUUUAGGGACGCUAUAAACCGCUUCGAUGCCUUUGCCUCCGAGCACUUGACCUCGCAGAACCUCGACUUUGUCUUCGUCACUCUCGAGGCAUGGGACCUACGUGUGCAGCUCCCCCGUGAGGCACGCGACAAGUCGGUCGUGCUUCCGCCUUACCUACAGCACUCUCGCGCCUUUGAGCUCCGUACCGAAUACCAACGGUGGCAGCAGCACCACCCUGAGUCGCUGCCCUUCGGGCCCUCGUCGUUGGCCAACAUCUGUGCCGCUCUGGAGGUUGAGGCUGUCCAGUCCAGUGCCCCCAUCAAGCACAACCUGCCUUUCCACCUGCAGGCCCUGGCCCCGGCGUCGCCCCGUCGGGCUAUGGAGGAGGCCGUGACGCUUGCUCGUGUGCUCCGCGGACUGAUUCGAAAGUCUCAGCCACCCCAUGAGCAUCCGGAUGUGCUCACCCGACCCAUGGACGCUCGUGCCGAUGUUCGUGCAUUCCUCUCGGAACGGAGCAAGGUCCUUCACAUGUCCGGCCUGCCCCACGACACCACCCAGUCGGAACUUGAGAGCUGGUUCACCCAAUUCGGUGGUCGUCCGAUUGCGUUCUGGACUCUUCGCACUCCGGAACAGCACAAGCCGACCGGCACCGGUUUUGCCGUCUUCUCGUCCCAUGAAGAGGCCGCUGAGAGCCUGUGCAUGAACGGCCGUGCUCUCAACGAGAAGGCCAUCGAGGUCUCCCCAUCGUCGAGCCGGGUUCUGGACCGGGCCUCUGAGAUCCUGACACCCUUCCCACCUAGCAAGAACCGCCCUCGCCCCGGCGACUGGACCUGCCCGUCUUGCGGCUUCUCCAAUUUCCAGCGCCGCACUGCGUGCUUCCGCUGCUCGUUCCCUGCCGUGACUGCCGGCCCUGCGGGCGAGAUGGGUUAUGGGUACGGGUACGCGCCUCCGGCUAUGAUGCCCCCGCCUCCUCACAUGGGCCACCACGGCCACGGCGGCGGUGGUCACGGCCGCAUGGGUGGCUCUGGGGUCGUACCGUUCCGUGCCGGUGACUGGAAGUGCGGAAACGAGGUCUGCGGCUACCAUAACUUCGCUAAGAACGUCUGCUGCCUGCGCUGCGGUGCGAGCCGCGCCGGUGCUGCUGUAGUUGCCGACUCCGGCUACCCAUCUCCCAUGGACGGCCCUUCCUCGUAUGGCAUGGGACAGGGUAACAUGGGUGGUAACCCCGGUGGUCCUGGCGGUCCUGGCGGCCCCUUUGGCUCUGGUGGCGGUAACUUCAACUCUGGCGGCCAGUAUGGCCAGCACUUUGGUGGGCCCCCCAGCACCUAUGCCCUUCCCUCCGGCCUCGGCGGUGGCGCUGCCCCGUACCCUCCGUUGAACACCCACUUCGGUCCUGCUCCGGGUUCUCACUCGGCCGGCCCCUUUGACAGCCGUGCCGCUGAGGCGGCUUUCCAAUCGGCUGGUAACGGCCCUGCGUCUGCCGGCCCGAACAACAACAAUAACAACAACUUUUACUCACAGGGCGAGACCGACCCCUUUGCCUUCCUCUCUUCGGGUAUUGGUUCGCUCUCCGUUAGCAACCAGGAUGCUCGUCAGAACGGUAGUGGCGCUCCCCAGAGCAAAUCGCCCGCGUAA